CCCUUGGCAACAACAUGGCGUGCAGGUGGAAUCCAUAACAAACCGAGUGUCCUUUAUGCCGGUGCAUGUUUCUGGAUGAUUUGCGGUUGCUGCUCUCUUUUACGUUUGCCAAGUUUUCGGAUUCAUCAUGCCGGGGCAUAUCCAACAGAAGAAGAGAGUUGAAGACCGAUACAAUCCCAACACCUACAGGAUCUUCAAUGACACCAUCCCAGACGCCAGCCUGCCCCCCAUGGCCAGGCCACCCCCUCCAGUCAAACAGACAGGCAGGGACACACCCCCUCUCCCCAUCAAAAAAGGCGGCGACACCAGGGGGAACAUGCCCCACCCCCUGGAUGUAGGCUUCCUCAGGAAGGACCCUCGCCUCAUCAACGAACCGAUCUGUCAUGUCAGCACGUGGGACACAGCACACAUACAGCACCAGUGGUGGCCUGACAAGGUUCCAGACGACACUAGGAAACAGCCAGACUUUGACCCCUCCACGACCCAGAGAGCAGACUACCUGCUGAAGGAUGGGACUCCGCCUGGACAGACUAGACAUGCCAGCAACCCUAACACAUCACCUGCACAUGGGAUAGCUCCCGUGACGUUUCUACGCCCCCGGAGUGCAGACUGUCCUCGAGUGCUGCUGGAACAGAUCUCGUACCAACACCAGUACAAUAGCCGACUCGACCCCAACGAACCAAUCAGGGCCAAGCGUCAUGGCAGUUUUGUGUGGAGCAACUUGAAACCAUCUGUCCCAUCAGAGGUCCCUUCUGAAGCGAGCUCGUCCCAUGCCUCCUCACAGGAGGGGUCCCGCAGGCCAUCUGAUGCCCUGGAGGAGCCAAGAGGAGACCUGGAGCCUGAGGGGAGGCUAGAGGAUGCCUCGUACCCAACGCCUGCAAACCAGGCUAUAGAGGCUGCACCAGAAGAGCCUGCAUCCGUCCUUUCUGCAUCCAAACCUAAAGCUCUGACACCAAAAGCCUCCAAACCCACGUCCAUCAUUCACUCGCCUGAGGCAAAACCUCAGUCUGGGAAUGGCCGUUCCCCAGCGGGAUCCAAACCUGGUUCAGCCGGCUCACAACAUCAAAUGUCCAGAGCAGCUUCAGCACGGUCCAUCCAGUCAGUCUUUACAGCAGGAAUUCCACAGCUGACCAGGGCUCCAUCGGGGUCACUGGUCAUGUCUGCCCCUACGUCCAGACGAGGUAGCGCCGGCUCCCUCAGGCCUCCGUCCGACCACGUGGGAACUCCUGUCAGACUGCCACCGGGCAAGUCCAUACAGGACCUACAGGGGCCACUCAAACUGCAGGUGCCGUCAGGAACAGGUGAGCCCCAGGUGACAGAGCAGGUGCCUCUACCUGCAACAGGUGCCUUGUCUCCUGGAGGCAGCUCUACUGCAAAGAGGAACAUGACCCCAGUUGCCACGGAGGUCUUUCAGCCAGCUGACCUGUACCAGCCAUCAAACUCCCGCCCUGAAAGCACAAAGUCGUCUCGGAGCAGUGGACGGGGUUCGUGGAGGGCACGUGCUUCUGCCGGGUCUGUCCAUGCACAACCUGUGCCUGAAACACUGCCACCUGUUGGCUGAACAAUGAACUGCAGAGCUGAAGUGUGACUCUUUGGAUGCUGGGCCUUAAAUAU